AUGAUUGGACUUUUUCAGGAAGUAAUGACUAUGAUUGGACUUGCUCAGGAUGUAAUGACCAUGACUAGACUUGCUCCAGAAGUAAUGGCCAUGAUUGGACUUGCUCAGGAAGUAAUGGCCAUGACUGGACUUGCUCAGGAAGUAAUGACCAUGAUUGGACUUGCUCAGGAUGUAAUGACCAUGACUAGACUUGCUCCAGAAGUAAUGGCCAUGAUUGGACUUGCUCAGGAAGUAAUGGCCAUGACUGGACUUGCUCCAGAAGUAAUGGCCAUGAUUGAACUUGCUCAGGAAGUAAUGGCCAUGACUGGACUUGCUCAGGAAGUAAUGGCCAUGACUGGACUUGCUCAGGAAGUAAUGACCAUGACUGGACUUGCUCAGGAAGUAAUGACCAUGACUGGACUUGCUCAGGAAGUAAUGGCAUGA